GCCCGACGUUUAAGAGGUGCUUUUGUUUUUCUUUGAAAUUUUAAUGACCUUGUGGGCUUCCUAGUUGUGGGUUACAUCUGUUAGGGUUGAGUGGUUUGGGCUAUCUCGACGCCUCUACAGUGCCCUAAUAUGCGAGUGCGAAUAGCAAUAUCCAUGAACACAGCCCAUUUUUAUCAAUUCUCACUUCUCUGCAGUGUUUCCUAACGUUCAAUUGUGAUGGCUACUUAAUUUCUAUGACUGUUUUGAGUGAGACUUUGAGUUCAAGUUCUGUUCGUUGAUUUAGUUGCUUGUUAUGGCAAUUUCUAGCACGAGUUGCAGCCUCUAAUUGAAGUAUUCAACACUUGAUUUUUGGUCGUUGCUUCUUUGUUUCUUCUAAUCCCCUACUGUCCGACCAGGAGGGAGAUCUUCAUGAGUUGCCCCAUUGAAGGAGUAAAGAACGAAGGAAGACAAGAGCAUAUGAAUUCUACCAAGUCCCAAUUUUGAACAGAAUAAAACGAAUAGUUGGGUGACAGCCAAGGAAAAUAAAAAUUUAGGAAAGACUAUUUUUUCAGUUCAGUUUCUCCAAGUGGACUGUAAAGAAGUGCAAAGAAUGAGCAGAAGACCACCACCUGAUCCCGUGGCUGUGCUACGGGGUCAUCGAGCUUCAGUCACAGACGUUUCUUUUCAUCACUGUAAGCCAAUAUUAUUCUCCAGUUCUGCUGAUGGUGAAGUGCGGAUGUGGGAUACCCUUCAGCAUCGAACAGUGUCAUCUGCAUGGUUACACAGUGCCUCACAUGGUAUUGUUGCUGUUGCCAGUAGUUCUUCCCUCGGAACCAACAAAUUUAUUAGCCAGGGUAGGGAUGGAACUGUGAAAGUUUGGGAAUUUGAUGAUGCUGGUUUGUCCAGGAUUCCAUCACUUACAAUCAAGACAAACACUUACCACUUUUGCAAGUUUUCCACGGUGAAGAGUCGUUCUGUCUGGUCUAAAGAAUGCAAAGCAUUAAAAGAUUGCAACAGAACAGAGCUAGGAGGAUUGUCUGAUAGAAAUAUUCCGGAGGUUAACAAAGAGGCUUACACCAAUCAAAGUUGUUCUGAAAGCUUUGGAGAAAAUUUGUAUAAUGAAGGGCUACAAUAUGUGGCUUUGUCAGGGGAAAACUCUUCAGAGGUUGAAAUUUGGGAUCUCAAGUCAGCUGAAAAAUUUUUAAGACUCCCUUCAAGCAAUCCUAGUAACUCUUUGAGUGCUUGUAACAAAGGGAUGUGCAUGGCACUUCAAUUGUUUUUACCAUCUGAAUCACAAGGAUUUUUUCAUGUCCUGGCUGGAUAUGAGGAUGGUUCCAUGCUUUGGUGGGAUGUACGAAAUCCUGGAGUUCCAGUAACUUCUGUAAAAUUCCAUUCUGAGCCAGUUCUUAGCAUCUGUAUUGACGGAUCUUGCAAAGGGGGUAUCUCAGGAGCUGCGGAUGACAAAAUUGUCAUGUACAGCUUGGAUCAUUCCUCGGGUACGUGUGUGAUCAAGAAAGAAAUCAGUUUGGAGCGACCUGGCAUCUCGGGCACCUCAAUUCGGCCUGAUGGAAAAAUUGCUGCAACUGCUGGCUGGGACCACAGGUUGAGGAUAUAUGAUUAUCGCAAAGGAAAUGCUUUAGCUAUUUUAAAGUAUCACCAUGGCACGUGCAAUGCUGUAACCUAUUCGUCUGAUUGUAAACUUAUGGCCUCUGCAUCGGAAGACACAACUGUGGGACUAUGGGAAUUGUAUCCGCCUCGGAUAUGAUACUGAAUUUGAUGAAUUUAUUCGAUGUCGAUAGUUCUAGACUAUAGCUUUAUUAAUCAAUGGUUAAUUACUUUUGUGCGCUCAAAUCAGUUGUAACAAUCAUUUUUUUACUUUUUAGCAUGUAUUUGGUAUUUAUAUCCUUAAAAUAGAAGUGUGAUAGUUUUUCUGA